GCCGAAGCCAGGGGUCUCGUCCUUUCGCUGCAGCCGAGACGGCAGGAGGACCACUAGGCGGGUCGGCGGGUCCAGGCCUAACGGAGGGAGCAGGCGACCCCCUCAUACUUUGCUCUGGAGGCAUUACAGCUGGUUAGAAAAGCUGAAAAACAUGCACAGGGCUCCCUCACCAACCAAACGCAAGGACAGAUCUGAAGAUAAGUCGAAGGACCGUUCCAAGGACAAGUCAUCCACAAAGGAAUCGGGCGAUAAGGAUCGUGGCCGAGACAAGGCACGCAAAAGACGCAGUGCUUCAAGUGGAAGCAGCAGUACCAGAUCCCGUUCCAGCUCAACUUCCAGUUCGGGGUCCAGUUCUAGCACUGGUUCUAGCAGUGGGUCUAGCUCCUCUUCUGCCUCAAGCCGCUCUGGGAGCUCCAGCACCUCACGCAGCUCCAGUUCCAGCAGCUCCUCUGGAUCUCCAAGUCCAUCUCGACGGAGACAUGACAACAGGAGACGUUCCCGUUCCAAGUCCAAGCCACCCAAGAGAGAUGAGAAGGAGCGGAAGAGACGGAGCCCAUCACCCAGGCCUACCAAAGUGCACGUUGGAAGGCUCACUAGAAACGUGACCAAGGAUCACAUCAUGGAAAUCUUUUCCACAUAUGGAAAAAUUAAGAUGAUCGACAUGCCGUCAGACAGGCUAAACCCACACCUCUCCAAAGGCUAUGCUUAUGUGGAGUUUGAGAAUGCAGACGAUGCUGAGAAGGCCUUGAAACACAUGGAUGGAGGCCAGAUUGAUGGUCAGGAGAUCACUGCCACAGCUGUACUGGCACCACGACCUAGACCACCUCCAAGACGUUUUAGCCCACCCAGGAGGAUGCUGCCGCCACCACCGAUGUGGCGCAGGUCACCACCUCGCAUGAGGAGAAGGUCCCGGUCUCCUCGGCGCAGAUCUCCUGUUCGCCGGCGAUCGAGAUCCAGAUCUCCUGGGCGAAGGCGCCACCGCAGCCGCUCCAGCUCAAACUCCUCACGAUAAAGCAAAGAGACUGGAGAGCUUUUUAUUUUUUAACUUAAAACCUGUCAGACUAAAUAUUGUACCUUUUUUUUUAUAAUGGGUCUGGGUGAGAGAGAGAUCGUCCUGGCAGUGAAAGCAACGUAGGAGGAGAGAGCAACAGUUCCUGGCCAGAUAGCCUUUGCUGUGGGGCUUCUAGUUCCCUGGCAUUGAAGUGAAACUAUUUAAAAAUUGCUUUGAUUUUAGAGGCUGCAAAACUUCUUUCCCAGACUUGUGGAAGGGAAGAUGGUACAGCCUCUCUUUCUCAAAUUAGCAGGCUGCUGCUUGGUGAUUGCUAAGAGCUUAGCACGCUGUACAGACGAGCAUGUAAAUCUUGAGCUAUCUCAGAAGCCCUGUAUAGUAAGAGGGCGUUUAGCUUGAGCUCCAGGGGUCAGCACAGGAUCUCCCAGAGCAACUGAAGUCCAGAUCUGCCUGAGAUUUAAUACCCAAAUUGUUGCUUUAUCCCAGCUUCCCAAACAGAUGAUUUGUUUCUGCAGAGUUUAAGCUUUUCUGCAGUUUAAGCUGCCUUCUGACCAGGUGAUCCACACAGAAACAUUGCCCCAAGCCUGCUGAACAUCAUACUUCAGAAAAGAAACUGAAAUCUUAAGAAGGUGGUUGGU